AUGAAUCUAGUGCAAUGGAGAGCUGAUGACACUCACUUCCCACGCCUUGAGCGCCUAAUUAUUAGGAAAUGUUUCAAACUAGAGGAGAUCCCUUGUAGUAUUGGAAAUAUACCAACGCUUCAAAUCAUUGAAUUGGAUGACGCUAGCCCUUCAGCUGUGACUUCGGCAGAGCAAAUACAAGAAGAACAAGAGCAGUUGGGAAAUGAUAGCCUUCAAGUUCAUGUCAAUUACAGGUUUCAACCCAACCGUCUACGGGCCAUAGAACAGUUUCGCAAAUCUUUUCUAUGUGAUGUUUACCGAGAUCCAAUGAAGGAAGUAGUAAGUGGAGUUGCCCCUCGACUGUUAGAGUUUCUUAAUAGAGAUGGUUAUCCGCAGCUUCAGAAAGAGGCAGCAUUGGCUAUAUCAACUAUAUCCCAAAGAUCCCAUCCACCCAAUCGCACCAACGGUCGCAUCAACAUUGCCAUAAAACAGUUUCGCGAAUCUUUUGAAGAUGUUCAUUCCCGAGAUCCAAUGAGGGAAGUAGUAAGUGGAGUUGUCCCUCGACUGUUAGAGUUUCUUUAUAGAGAUGGUUAUCCGCAGCUUCAGAAAGAGGCAGCAUUGGCUAUAUCUAUGACUAUUUCAUCCCAUCCACUCGGUCGCACCAACGAUCGCAUCAACAUUCUGAUUGAUCACGGCGCAAUUCCCAUUUUGUUGAGCCUUCUUAGAUCUCCCGAUGACGAUCUUUGCGAAGAGGCACUUCACCUUUUAGGAGACUUUUCCUUUGCCUCAACAAAAUCUUGUGAUCUUAUCAUUAGUUAUGGAGGUUGUUUACGGAAACCUUCUUGA